AUGGAUCCAACAACAUCAUUCCCAAAAGAUAAAAUUAAAAUUUUAUUAUUAGAAAAUAUUCAUAUUGCAGCAAUUAAACAAUUCGAGGAACAAGGUUUUCAAGUUGAAUCAAUUUCAUCAUCAUUACCAGAAGAUAAAAUAAUUGAAAAGAUUAAAGAUGUUCAUGUAUUAGGAUUAAGAAGUAAAACUAAAGUUACAGAAAAGAUAUUAUCAGAAGCCAAAAGAUUAUUAGCAAUCGGAUGUUUUUGUAUUGGUACAGAUCAAGUUGAUUUAAUUGAAGCAGAGAAAAGAGGUGUACCAGUUUUUAAUUCACCAUUUUGUAAUAGUCGUUCAGUAGCAGAGUUGAUAAUUUGUGAAAUCAUUACACUUUCAAGAAAAUUAGGAGAUAGAUCAACUGAGAUGCAUAAUAAAAUUUGGAGAAAGGAGUCGGCCAAUUGUCAUGAAAUUCGUGGUAAAACAUUAGGUAUCAUUGGUUAUGGUCAUAUUGGUAGCCAAUUAUCAGUAUUGGCAGAGGCAAUGGGCAUGAGUGUACUCUACUACGAUAUCGCCCGUCGUCUUCCAUUGGGUAAUUCUAAAAUGUGUCCAGAUAUGAAAACACUAUUGGAGAAUAGUAAUUUCGUCACUUUACAUGUACCAGAUACAAAAGAAACCGUUGGUUUAAUUGGUGAAGAGGAGAUUAAUACCAUGAAAAAGGGAAGCUACCUUUUGAAUGCUUCACGUGGUAAAGUAGUUCAAAUUCCACAUCUUGCAAACGCUUUAAGAUCUGGUCAUUUGGCUGGUGCCGCUGUUGAUGUUUAUCCAGAGGAGCCAAGUGCAAAUUGUAAAGAUUGGGAAUGUGAACUCCAAAAAUGUCCAAAUACAAUUUUAACUCCACAUAUUGGUGGUAGUACUGAAGAAGCCCAAGAAGCAAUCGGUUUAGAAGUUAGUGAUCUCAUCGUUCAAUUCAUCAAUAGUGGUGCAUCUGCUGGUUCUGUCAAUUUCCCUGAAAUCGCUUUACCAGUUUCACCUUCAACUCACCGUAUUCUUAAUAUUCAUAAUAACAAACCUGGUGUUUUAAGAGAUAUCAAUAAUAUUUUAUCAGAAUUUAAUGUUUCAGCACAAGUACUCUCAACAAGAAAACAAAUUGGUUAUAUUAUUGCAGAUGUAGAUUCAGAAGCAUCUAAAGAGAUUAAAAAGAAAAUUUCUUCUUUACCAAAUUCAAUCAAAACAAGAGUACUUUAUUAA